AACCAAUAGCAUGUCAGGAAAGUAGUUCAGUAAGUUGUUCAACUUCCUCUAUUAUGGCGGGUUCGUGUUUUUUCAAGCUCAAAUACGAAAUGAGUAGUUAUUUGCGCCGCUCGGGCGGCGACAUUGACAGCGAUUUGUCGAAUAUUCUCGUGCGCCAUUUUGUGAAUGCUAUGGAAUUUUGUGUUAAGUAAUCAACGCAAGGAAAUUUAAAUUCGUGAUUCGUAACAAUGUCUGAGAAGUUGGUGGGGAAAACUGUGCUGAAACGACAUGAGGUUGCCAGGCCUGUUCAUAUUCAGAGGCUGGAGGCCGCCUUGGAUGUGCGCCCAUUCGUGGGUCAAGUGGAGAGCAUCCUCAACUCUGAUGUGGCCUCUGACAGCGAUGACGACUCUGAUGCCAAAUCCUUUGGAAAUGAGAUGUCAAAGGGCGACCGUAUGAUCCAUGGGGUGGUCACAACAAAGCAGGAACGUCAAAGUGACCGACUCAGGCUAUACAACUUCAGUUCAGUUGGAGAGGAGAGAGAAUGGCUGAGAGAUGUGUUACUCUCAUCUGGUUCAGAGACUAGCAGUGAUGACGACUCACCAAACAGUAAAGAGAUGAGAAUUCGGAGGUUAUUGAAAGAGAGGAAGUAUCAUAAUAGAUAUGCAAAAAAGUAUUAUAAGGAUCAAGGGAAUUCCCGCUACAUGUACUAUGGCGCCGGUCUUCUAUCCACCGUGGAUCGUUAUCCGGAGCGUCGUAUCAGUCGACCAGUACCGCCUCCCCCUUCCACGAGAGGGCGCAGGGGUAGGCCUGCGGAGCGAGGAUCUUCAACUAGGGGACUACACAAAGCUAGACGAGGAAGGGUCAGAGAUGCUCGGAAUGAGGGUGGAGAUAUGCCUGACGGUGUUGAUUGGGAAGAGCAACUGCGUAGUCUGAAGGAAGAACCUGACAAUGAUGAGUACCCCAUGUCCACAGAAAAGCCUGGAGUCAGAGGUCGCAAAAAACUGUCAACUUUAAAGAGUCCAGAAGCCCUAACUGCCCGCAGACGACGCCACUGGCUGCUACUAGUCAAGAAGGAACUCGGAAAGGUUCAGAGAGCUCGCACAGCCACACACAGAGAAGUUAUGUUGCAAAGAAAGCGACUUGCGACCUUAUGUUGCAAGCAUUGGCGACAUAUUGCCAUGCAGUCUCAAAAGAAUAUGAAGGAAACGGUUUGGCGAUGCAAGCGAUUGAGUAGGGAAAUGCAAGCUUAUUGGAGGCGGUAUGAUCGUGCUGAGAGGGAAACGAGACGGCGCAUGGAGAGAGAGGCUGAGGAACAGAGAAAGAUGGACGUAGAACUGAUGGAAGCGAAGCGGCAGCGGCGCAAGCUGAACUUUUUGAUCACACAAACGGAGCUGUACGCGCAUUUCAUGCAGAAGAAAAUGAACGCCGGUGAUGAUGGGGACUGUGGAGCUGACAGGAUUCUACGGCAGCUUGAUGAAGACAGAGAUCCUAGAUUGGCUGCUAUAGAUCAUUAUGAUAGUGAAGCAAUGAAAGCUCGAGCUUCACGGAACGCUCGCGAAGCUUUCCGUGCGGAGCGCGCGCGUACGCAACUGUUCGACUCUGCGGCCGGCGCCAGCGACGCGACCGACACCGACGGCGGCGCCGACGCUACUGACGCACAGGGACGACGUAGCGGAGACCAUGACCAACCCUCUAUAUUCAGGGGCACGCUCAAGGGAUACCAACUUAAGGGCAUGAACUGGCUCGCUAAUUUAUAUGAUCAGGGCAUAAGUGGUAUUCUAGCAGAUGAAAUGGGUCUCGGGAAGACAGUGCAGUGUAUAGCAUUCCUGUGCCACGUGGCUGAGAGGCUGGGAGUAUGGGGACCGUUCCUCGUCGUGUCUCCAGCCUCGACCCUUCACAACUGGCAACAAGAGAUGCAGAGAUUCGUACCAGAUUUCAAAGUGGUACCAUACUGGGGCAGUCCAAGCGAGCGUAAGAUCCUACGUCAGUUUUGGGAACGUAAAGAUCUUCACACGCGUCAAGCGGCCUUCCACGUGGUGGUGACGUCAUACCAGAUCGUGGUCUCCGACCUGAAGUACCUGAACCGCGUCUCCUGGCAGUACAUGAUACUAGACGAGGCUCAGGCCAUCAAGAGCUCGGCCAGUAUGCGCUGGAAGCUGCUACUUGGAUUUAGCUGUAGAAAUCGGUUGCUGCUUUCUGGAACACCGAUCCAGAAUAGUAUGGCGGAAUUAUGGGCUCUGUUGCACUUCAUAAUGCCGACACUGUUCGAUUCGCAUGAAGAAUUCAAUGAAUGGUUCUCUAAAGAUAUUGAAAGUCAUGCUGAGAACAAGAGCACGAUUGACGAGAAGCAUUUGUCUCGACUACACAUGAUUCUAAAGCCGUUUAUGUUGAGAAGAAUAAAGAAAGAUGUCGAAAAUGAGCUGUCAGAUAAAAUAGAGAUUAUGGUGCAUUGUCCGUUAACUAUUAGACAAAAAUUACUGUAUAUAGCUUUAAAAAAGAAAAUAAAAAUAGAAGAACUGCUCCACUAUUCAGUAGGAGCGGAGUCAGGUCACAAUGUAGAUAAGAAUUUUACGUCUAAUCUAAUGAAUUUAGUUAUGCAAUUUAGGAAGGUAUGCAACCACCCAGAGCUAUUUGAGCGCCGUGACGUCAGAUCUCCUUUCUCUAUGCAAGUCGACGACUAUCACAUACCGAAAUUAGUAGCAGAGGAUUGUAUUUUAAUUCGGUCUACUCCUUCCAACCGCCAUCUUAUAUACAACAAGUUAUCAAUCCUCGUGCCGGAGUAUAUUCAAAGGAGUAAUAAUGGGGAGUUUGGGAGUAAAGAGGGGUAUGAUGACGGGUGCUUCGCGUUCAUGAGGUUCAUUGAUCUCUCUCCUAUGGAGUUGUUCAGGAUCAUGCUCUGCGGAUGGCUGUUUGCGAUGCAACACAUCGAAAAUUGUUUAGAGAAAUUCGAGAAACUACGCCAUCGUCACUCUUGGUGGAAUUCUUCCGUUAUGUCCGACUUGAAGCAGGAAGAGAGUGAGACAGACUUAUGUGGUGACUACUGGGAUGGCGUGAAUAAGAAACAUAUGCUGCUUAUAUGUCCCGACGGCGACGUUUUGAGAAAAAGGAAGGAAGAUAGUUUGUUGUGGAAUGAUCUGCUGUUUACUGAUCCUUUGUGGAUACAGGGUGGUCCAUUCUACACGCACACGGAACACGUGAUACAUUAUAUGCCGGAAACUAUCGAGCACAAAGCAAUGAGGAUAAGGAAUUUAAGAGACAGUCGACAGACGGACAUGUUAAGUGAGAUUAAGACUGAGGAGGGCGGCGUGAUGGCGGUGCCCCAGCUGGAGGUGCCCGACGUCCCGUUCGUGGAGCGCCCGCCCGUGGCCUACGCGGACAUGCCCACGCCGCUACCCGGCUUCCUGUACUUUGCUCAACAAAAGGUUUGCACAUGUACGCGGCAGCCGUUCGCAGUGUCGCGUAGUUUCGCGUACCACUGCACGCGCCACGCGCAGUGCGAGAGCGGCGCGGGCUGGGACACCGUCUGGACUCUACUGGCCCGCGCCCGCCCGCCGCAUGGCUGGCCCGACCUACAGGUGCCGGAUAAAAACCAGCUAGUGAGUGACGCGGGGAAACUGACAGCUUUGGACUCUUUGCUGAAGAGGCUGAAGGAGCGAGGACACAGAGUGCUCAUCUACAGUCAGAUGACCAAGAUGAUCGACUUGUUAGAGGAAUACAUGUGGCACAGAAAACACAAAUACAUGCGGUUAGACGGGUCUAGCAAGAUUUCAGCUCGUCGAGACAUGGUUGCAGAUUUUCAGGCUCGCACAGACAUAUUCGUGUUUCUCUUAUCAACGCGCGCUGGUGGCUUGGGCAUCAAUCUGACGGCGGCAGACACUGUCAUCUUCUACGACUCGGACUGGAACCCCACCGUGGACCAGCAGGCCAUGGACCGAGCCCACAGGCUGGGGCAGACCAAGCAGGUCACGGUCUACCGGCUUAUAUGUAAGGGAACUAUUGAAGAACGGAUCAUGCAACGGGCUAGGGAGAAGAGUGAGAUCCAAAGGAUGGUGAUCAGCGGAGGAAACUUCAAACCAGAUACGUUGAAACCUAAAGAAGUCGUGUCUCUGCUCUUAGACGAUGAAGAAAUUGAGCUCAAAUAUCGUCAAAAAUCAGAAGAGAAGAAAAUGAUGGAGGAGAGAGAACGUAAACGGAAAUUGGGAUUAUUGCCGCAAGUUCAGCAACCACCGCCAGUGUCAGUAGAAGCGAAGCGCGCCCGCGACUCGGCCUCGGAGCCCGGCAGCCCGCUGCAAGUGGACGACGAUGGAGACAAACUCAUUGUCGACGUACCAUCGCCUGCACCCAUGCCGUCGUACGGCGGCGCGGGUCGCGCGGGUGCGUGGGGCGUGGGGCGCGGGGUGCGGGGCGCGCGCCGCGGCCGCCCGCGGGGCUCGCGACAGGCCCUGCCGCGCCGCCUCGAACCGCCCGCCGAUACCGCCAGCGCCAUCGCCGCCGGCGCAGCGCUUCUAGAGUCUGACGCGCCACUGGAGACUAUAGAGUCGGUGGGUGCGGGCGAGGCGGGCGCGGCGGUGUCCCGGGGUCGGCGCGGUCCGGGCCGGCCGCGCCUGCGCGCCGCGGGCGCCCCGCGCGCCGCCAGCCGCCGCCCGCGCAGGCCCAGGGAACCACUGCUCGUGCCGCUCGCACCGCCGCCGUAGGCUAUACACAGUCUGUCUGCCUGCCUGCAGUCUAUAUUGUCUCAUUGUGUUACCAGAAGCCAUAGAAACCGCGUAUCGACGCUCACAGCUCACAACAACCCACCUCUAGUGCAAUUAAUAUAAUGAUCAAACGACUGGUACAUCUUGAAACACUACUAUUGUAGCCAAACGCACGUGUAUUACAAAAUAGCCUCUAAGCUGUACAUAAUAAGGCCACUUUUCCAUCAAAAUGUACAAGCCGGUUGAUCAUUGCCAAACUAAUUAACAGUUAAUGUACAAAGUAACGCUUUUUAGUUGAAGUAUUAUUGCAAAGUUUAACUUUGACCGCUGACGGUGAAACGGGGUGAAUAGAAUUCGAGGGGUGAAUAGAUACAGCAGAGGGGAUAAAUGUUCUAAGAAUUGUCCCCCUGUGUCUAUUCACCCUUUGAAUUCUAUUCACCCCGUUUUACGGUAUGUUAUUUAGUAAAAAUGUAAAUAGUCCAUUUUAACGUAAAUAAUUAUAUUGAAUAUUAUAUGUUUAAAGCUGAGUUUAUUUAGCGAGAUGAAUGUCCUUUGUUUAGGGCUUUUUACUUAUAUUCCUAUCUCUGUCUUUCAUUUGGUUAAUCGAUUAACUAGAGCAGGCCAAUCAGAGCCCACAACGCGAUGACCUUUUGAUCUCGUUAAACGUAAAACAAACUCGUACUAAGCCCUCAGACGCCAUUUGCAAGACAGAGAUGGGGCUAACAAUGUUCUUUUAUCUCGACUCCUGCGCAUAUACUGAGACGUUACUCAAUUUCAAAUACUCCCGUCACUUUCACACAUAAGAAAUUGUUGAGAAUCUUGAAGUUGAGUGGCGUUUCAAUAUUAGGUCAGGUCCGUUUCAAUAGAAGUUUCUAUUUCUCUAAAAUAAUUUUAUUUUAACUUCUAAAAGUCUUGAGGACACCGUUCUUCUCUCUAUUAUGUAUCUUAUUACCGAUGUAUAAAGACUACUUUUGUAUGAACAAGUUUGGUUAUUGUAGCCGUUGUAGGAAGUGUGGUUUUUAAAAUUAAUAUUAGAAAUUGUUAUCAGAAAACAGAUCUCUGCAUGUUAUUUUUUCUUAUAAGUAAACUUCUGUAAUUACUAUCGUGAGACAUACUAAAUUAACUAAAAAUCACGGUUUACUGACGUACAUUAAUGGAGAAAAGCUCUACUAGUUUCGAGUCACAGAGGGACUCUUCAUCAUGAGUAGCAUGAGUAAACCAUGAUUUUUAAUAAAUGUAACUUCUAUUGAAACGGACUAUUAUUAGUAUUUUAAUCUGAUGGUUGUUAUAAAUUCCGAUAGUUUUACAAAAUCGGGGAAAGUGUAAUGUAUUUAAAAUGAAAUAAUUAAGUUAGUUAUGUUGUUAAUGAUGUGCAUUUCGGAACGUGGAUCGUUGAUAUACCAAAAUGUUUUGUGUGAAGUUUUAGUCGCCUAUGAAUUGGGUCCCUAUGAACAAAAUCUCGAGAGUUCAACGAAAUAGAUUGGCCUCUUAACAAAAUGACUGUAACAAAUUGACAAAGAGAAAACAGAAUAAAUGAUUUAAAAUUA